CGCAUGCGCAGUCAUGUUGGACCCUGCGCCGUGUACGCAUGCGCAGUGUGGUCGUUAAUGCACUGACUCACGGCUAGUUACGCAGCUACGAAAACAUUACGAGGCCGUAAAGAGCAGGAACCGACACGGAGGAGUGAAAACACACAAAACUGACCCAGGAAUUAACUCGGCAUCCACACAGCGGGAAGAUGAACGUGUUCGACCGCAACAUCAACUUCGACGCCCUCUUCAAGUUCUCCCAGAUUUCCCGCUCCACUCAGCAGCACCUGAAGAAUGUGUACGCCAGUUUAUCCCUGUGCAUGUUCGUGGCAGCGGCCGGAGCGUACGUCCACGUCGUCACGCGCCUCUUUCAGGGCGGGCUGCUGUCCGUGUUGGGUUCCCUGGCGAUGAUGGUGUGGCUCUCUGUGACUCCUCACAGCCCCGAGACGGAGAAGAAGAGACUCGCUAUUCUCUCUGCAUUCGCCUUCCUCACAGGUCUGGGACUCGGACCUGCCAUGGAUUAUGUGAUUAGUAUUAACCCAAGCAUCAUCAUUACGGCGUUCCUCGGCACCUCGGUCAUUUUCGUCUGUUUCACUCUGAGUGCUCUUUACGCUCAGCGCAGGAGUUACCUGUUCCUGGGAGGUACUCUGAUGUCUGGUCUGUCCAUCCUGCUGCUGGUUUCUGUCCUCAACAUGUUCAUCGGCUCCGUCGCGCUCUUUAAGGCUCACAUGUACAUCGCUCUGGCCAUCAUGUGUGGGUUCGUGCUGUUUGACACUCAGCUGAUCAUUGAGAAAGCGGAGAUGGGGGAUAAAGACUACAUCUGGCAUUGUGUGGAUCUGUUCCUGGACUUUGUGACCAUCUUCAGAAAGCUCAUGAUCCUGCUGGCUAUGAACGAGAAGGAUAAAAAGAAAGAGAAGAAAUAAGCACGUCAUUUGGCCAAAAAUAAAAGAAUCUGUGAUCUGCAAUUUUUUUGCAUCACAAAUUUCUCUAACAGCUUAAUUAUGAAUUGGAUUAUUCUGAUUUUGUAUUCCGGUGUCUUAAAUUUAUUUUAGUUUUUGAAAGUUAUGAUGUUUAGGCUGUGCAGUAACCCUGGGUAAUGUUUAAUACUUAAACAUGCUGGUCCCUAUUAUCAUAAUUAUUAUUAUUAUUAUUAUUAUUGUUAUCGUUGUAAUUUGGAGUUGUUUGAAGAGAAUGGGGUUUUCUUAAAAAUGUUGGACACCUAAAAUGUGAUACUGGACAUAAAAAUGAAUAAAUACUAUGAGUAGAUGAAUUUGUUUUUGUAAAUACAGUGAGGGCUUUGACUACAGUUUAGCUCAUAAUUAUAGAUAGAAAUGCAAUUGUAAUUUCUACAAUAUUUUUUCGAAACAGACGAAAAUAUUAUUUGUAUCUUUUCCCUGCCAAUAUGAAGGUACAGUUCUUCUUUCCUGCAUUUAAUCUUUAUUAAUUUCAACUACAUUAAUAUUAUUAUUUCAUCUGCUGUACAUGCCAAUAGUAUAAUAUUAAUUACUUAUGAGUUUAAUAUUUUGAUUGGGAUAUUAAUGAUUGCGUUUAGUGAAGAUGUAGCUACUGAUCACGGUUUAUGUUAGUGAAUUUUUUUCACGAAAAUUUAAAGAAGUGCUUAGUUUGCUUUCGUUUCUCUAAUGAUCCCUCAUUACUGCCAAUUAUUUUGCCAUAUUUUAGGAAAAGAAAUAAACUGUGAUUGAAUGUAACACA